AUUUUUUUGUCAUUUCGUGUUCUAUAUAAGCUCUUCAUAAAACAAUCAGCAACUUUGUGCGCCUUGAUACCCUAGGGUUUCUCAACAUAAUAAUCGAUUUUACUUUCAUCUCAAUCCCAGGGCCAACUUCCGGAGCUAUGUACGGACCAAGAGGGGCAAUGUUGGGGAGCGGGGGGUUUUCAGACGGGUACGACAUCGGCUCAAAGAGACCAAGAAUGAUGGAACCAAAUCCUUACCUCGCAGUGAGCAGCAGUGCAAGUGGCUAUCAGCAGGCUUACGACUAUGACAGCAGAUUUGAGCCCUCUGUAUUUCCUGUUGUUCGUUUAAGGGGUCUUCCGUUUGAUUGCACUGAGAUUGACAUUUACAAGUUCUUUGCUGGCCUGGACAUUGUGGAUAUUUUCCUGGUUAACAAGGAUGGUAGGUUCUCUGGAGAAGCAUUUGUUGUCUUCGCUGGUCAUAUGCAAGUGGAUUUUGCUCUUCAGAGGGAUCGACAGAACAUAGGGAGGAGAUAUGUGGAGGUUUUCAGUUGCAAGAAGCAAGACUAUUACCAAGCUAUAGCUGCUGAGAUGAAGGAAGGAGGAGGUUAUGACUCUGACUACCAUCCUUCCCCGCCACCUCCUCGACCAAAGAGGGGGUCCCAGAACAAAGAUCAAAUGGAAUACACCGAGAUAUUGAAAAUGCGCGGUCUCCCGUACAGGUGCACGAAAGCUGACAUUGUCAAGUUUUUUGGUAGGGAAUUUAACCUUGCAGAUGACAAGAUAAACAUUACCUACCGGCGUGAUGGAAAAGCUACUGGAGAUGCUUUUGUGGAAUUUGCAUCGGCUGAGGAGGCUAAGAGAGCUAUGUGCAAGGAUAAUGUGGUGAUUGGAUCUAGGUACAUCGAGCUAUUUCCUUCAAAUACAGAUGAAGCAAGGCGUGGGUCAAGGUCACGGCAAUGAUAGAGGAGAUUUUCUAUUAUGGAGCUGUUAAACUGUCAGCUGUUUCCUCUGUUUAUUAGUCCCGUUGUUAAAGACUUUCUCCACCCGUUCCCUCAUUACGUUUUCUAGACAAUAUAUGAAUCUGUGAAAGUUAUGGGACUGUCAAUCUCGGAUGUCUUAGUUGUGGUAUUGGCUAACUUACUUUAAACGCUUAGCCAUCAAUUGAUCGUUUACUUAUACUGUAGUUCUGUUAUGCUGAGGAUUCUUGUUUUGCAGAGUCACUAAGAAGUUUAUAUGAUUUUCCUAGAA